AUUCUUAGGUCUUUGCAGUCUGGUCAUUUAGGUCUGUGGAGACACACAACAGCUUGUGGCGGGGAGCUUAGCCACAUAAAUCUGGAUUUUGCUCUCUCCCAGCAGUAGAUGGCAAAAACUCAGAGCCGGUUGAUAGAAGCAGAGAGGCAGAAGAAAAAUCUGCUACUACCAAGCCCAUCGCCCACCUCUCGGUCCAUCGGAAGCUGGCAGGAGGAAGGCGGAUUCUGGAAAGUCAUGACCGCCAUUAGGCUGAGCUUCUUCCAGUUCUCCACCAUGGAAGGGAAGGUGGUCCAUGUGGCACUCCUGGUCUUCGUCCUGCUCUUUGUGGCCAUGACUGGCUGUUUCCUGUGGCAGUACAGCCUACCCAAAGCAACGUCCAGCUCAGUCACCACGGACACCAAAGCAGCAGAGGUGGAGAUGUGUCCCCGUUAUCCAGAUCCUGUCCAACUGGACCACCCCAUCCCCAUCCUGAAGGACGCUCUGGAAAAGGUGGACAAUCUCCUCCAGCACAAAAUCCGCAAUCCAGGCCUCCCAGCUUUGUCCGCCAUUGUCAUCUACAAUGACACGGUCUUGUGGACCGGUAACUUUGGGAGACGCAACGGCUCCAGUAACCUCUCCGGUCUUCCCAAUGAAUAUUCCAUUUACAGAAUUGGAAGCAUCUCCAAGCUGUUCCCAACCAUCAUGCUGCACAAGCUUUGGGAGGACGGGAAGAUAAACUCUCUCGAUGACUCGUUGGAGCGCUACGCCCCCAAUUUCUCCAUUAAAAACCCCUUGGGGCAUCUCAAGGAAUCCAAGCAGACGUAUUCGGGGGGCGGCCCAAGCUCUUUCGACGACAAACAUCUGCCCCCCAGGCCUUCUUCGGUCACCCUGAGAAGGAUGGCGAGCCAACUGUCAGGUCUGCCCAGGCGCCUGCGGUCCACCAGCCUGGUGUGGAAAGGAACCACCCAAGAAGCAUUAGCUCUUCUCCGAGAUGACAUCUUGGUGGCUGAUCCAGGAACUCGGUGCCAUUACAGCAAUCUGGCCUUCUCGCUAUUGGCUCAUGUUUUAUCUGAGCAAGUUGCCAAGGGCGACUACCAGAACUGGGUCUCCGAGAGCAUCCUUGACCCUCUGGGGAUGGAGGACACGGGCUUUGAUCUCACGCCCAACCUCCGUUCCAGGUUGACCGUCGGCGUCUACGGCAGUGGAGAAGUGGCUCCUCUCUACGACCUGGGCUGGUACAGACCUUCUGGGCAAAUGUUCUCCACUGCUGCUGACUUGGCCAAGCUAGCCAUGCUCUUCUUGGGCACCUAUCACAGGCCUCUUCUAGGGCCGGAGACUCUGAAGGUGAUGCUGACCCCGCUCUUGAAGUGCUCCAGGGACUACUUCGCCAACAAGACGGGCACGCCUUGGGAGAUGAACGAGCAGAUGGGCUACGACGUCCUCCGGAAAGACGGGGACAUCGAUGGCUACUCGGCCACCUUCUCCCUCAUCCCCAAACUCCGCCUGAGCUUCAUCCUCUUGAUGGCCGGUCCUCGCCCUCAAGGAGGAGACCUCGUGACCCAGACCUACGAGUACCUGAUUCCCUCCCUGGAGUCCGCUUUCCGGGAAGUCAAGAAGAAGCUCAAGCCUCCCCCGAGUCCUGCUCCCUACCUGGGCUACUACACCUUCUCCAACCUGACUUUCUACGAGAUCAAGGCGGGGCCCCGAGGAGAGCUGCUUAUGCAGCAGUUCGGACCUCACAUCGAGAAGGUCAUCCCCGAAAGCUACCGGACCAUUCAGCUCCAUCACCUGGAAGAUCGUACCUUCCAGGUGGUCUUUGAGAAGGAAUUCCCGUGUGUCCUGAAGUUAGGGCCCGCCUCGAUUUCCCUUGAGGCCCAGGACGGUCAGCUUUUUAACUUCUAUCCGUUUGACCCCAAGGGGCUGUCUCCUGGGUUUGACGUGCCAGGCUUGAACACCUACAACAUCCUACGUCUUCAAAGGAAGCCCAUCUUCUCUUCUUAAGAUAAAGGAGGCUGAGAAAGGAAGAGAACCAGCCUCCCCCCCCCCCCAGAAUUA